GAUUUUCGGCCAGGGCCAGUAUCCGUCUGUCUCUCUGUGUAAGCAAUAUUUGACUCGAUACCACUACCACCAGCACUUAUUAUUACUUUUGCUACUACUACUACCACUUGGCGGCUAGCUCGGUAUGAAAUUUCGGGCCGCCUAACAGGCUAAAUAACAGAGGCCAGUAGUAUCGUGAAUCCAUCCGGAUGAAGCUGGGAUAAGUCAAUCAGGUGCUCAGUGCCGCGAUCGCGGUAUUGGAUCUGUAGGGCGAAUGAGUUAGUGGUGGUAGUGGUAGUGUUAGUGGUGAUGGUGGUGGUGGUGGUGGUAUCGAUGAUGAUAGUAGCGAUGACGCGUGCUAUCACCUACCUGUCGGUGUCGCUUCGUAUUAGCGAAUGCGCGUGAAAAUCUCAAUACAACUGGUGCAUCUUUAUUAAUGUAUACUGCCUGCACUACUACUUCAUCAUCAUCCUUAAAUAUUACGUAAUGCCUAUAUUCUUUUCUCCACGUGCUCGUACCACGUUUGUCCUUGGGGAAUUCAACAAUUAAAAAUAAAUAAAAGAGCAGUAACCGAUGGUAGAUCGUAGCAAGUGAACGCGUUACCGCUCCUAAGGCUUUUCUGAAACUACAUAAUCAAGUUAAAAAAUUUUACUGAAUGAAUGGAUAAACUACAAUGAAUGCGUUGUUUCAUAAGAUGAAGACUGCAUUCAUUACCGUCUGGUUUGGAAGCAGUUCAUUAUGAGAGACAGCCUUUAGUCUACAAAAUCUGUCGAGUAAAUUAGGGAAAAAAUAAAUAAACUUCCAUAAUGGGCCUGCAGCUCUCGAUACUGAUCGGCUGCAUAGGUGCUUUGGAACUGGUGGCCUGCGUGAGGCAUAUAGCUGUCUGCAUGCUAAACCUGACGGACCAUCCGUCGUCGAGCUGCUGCAUUGACUAUUUUCAUCGAUCCAGACCGUUAUCCGAUGGCAACACCUUGGUCGGCAAAUCAAGCGCAGAUUGCAGUGAGAUCGAGGCUAUUCUUAGGGAAACCAGGUCCGAGCCUGACGUCUUAUGCCUCGGUCCGCCACGAAGCCCAGCCGACAAUUGCGUCAGACUCAAAACCACGAAUAUGUCUUCAUUGCCACUUGGCAGCCAAACGGAUGAAGCAACGACGCACGAAAAUGACAGGGUUUUAAUUGAAAAAUUGACCAACGAUCUGGCAUUACCUCUUAAUGAGCUACCGAGCCAGCCAUCCGAUCCAUCAUCUUUAGCGAACACUGAAGCCAAGCCUAAAGGAAUCGCUGCAAAGUCAAGCACAAAAAGGAUCGUCAGACGCUCAAAGACACCGGAAGUACGUAUAAAGCGUGAACUCGGUGAUUUAAAUGACGAGAAUGAGGAAGCCAAGUUGCAGCAGAAAAAGCUUCACAGGACGACAAAGUCAACGUCAGCCGUAGCCAGCAAGCGAUCGGCUAAGCUUAAGUGCAAAAAUACGGAGCUUGGCAAAUCCGCCGAGAAUCUCACGACGAUUAAACGGACAAAGCGCCAGCGCGACCCAGAACGUUGUAAAUCUGAGAUCCAGAUUCGCGACGUCGCUGCCAAUCGGAACAACGUGCGGCGGGACGAGUGGACUAACACGUCGCCCAUAGGUAGUGAAUGCACUUUGUCCCGGGCGUCAAGCAAGAGAAGCAUCUCCGUGCUGAUACAGACGAGUUUCGAGGACAGACUGUUUUGUCCUGAGAGCAAUAGGGUAUUUCCAAAUUCAUCAGCCAAGUUAAGCAGCGUAUGUCCCAACUGUAAUUCCUGCACUGACGAGGGCCCAUCGAGAGAGGUACGACGUGUUACGAUUGCCAAGACUGAUAGCAAAACCCAGCUAGUCAAAGUAUCAAGUUUCGAGCAGGCAUCUGGUGACGACUACGAAAAUCUGAGGAACGUGAUUGGCAACACUUUGAGCACAAAAAAGGACUGGCACGAGGGUGGAGUCAAAUUGUCAAUCGACAACGAAUCUUUCGACAGCGAGUAUGUUGACGCCGAAGACGAGGGUUCGAGCGUCCUCGAGCAGCCUAUCCAGUUCAAUAUCCCGGAUCCGGGGGAUAAUAAGGCUUUUUGGUUAAUUUUCAGUGGCGAGUACACGAAGGCAAUGAACAAGGACUGGCACAGUGGCCAUUUCUGCUGCUGGCAGUGUGACGAGUCGCUGACGGGCCAGCGAUAUGUCCUUAGAGACGAGCAUCCCUACUGCAUUAAGUGCUAUGAGAGCGUUUUUGCCAACGGCUGCGAAGAGUGCCACAAAAUCAUUGGCAUUGACUCCAAGGAUCUGUCUUACAAGGACAAACACUGGCACGAGGCUUGCUUCCUAUGCAACAAGUGCCGAGUGUCUCUGGUGGACAAACAAUUCGGCAGCAAGCUGGACAAGAUUUACUGCGGCAACUGUUAUGAUGCCCAAUUCGCUAGUCGCUGCGAUGGAUGCGGCGAAAUCUUCCGUGCUGGCACCAAGAAGAUGGAGUAUAAGACAAGACAGUGGCACGAGAAAUGCUUCUGCUGCGUAGUCUGCAAGAAUCCUAUAGGCACCAAGAGUUUUAUCCCGCGUGAGCAGGAAAUCUACUGUGCCGGCUGCUACGAAGACAAAUUCGCUACCCGAUGCGUCAAAUGCAAUCAGAUUAUCACUAGCGGUGGUGUUACAUACAAGAACGAGCCAUGGCACAGGGAUUGCUUCACCUGCAGCCACUGCAAUCAAUCUCUGGCCGGCCAGCGAUUCACGUCCCGCGACGAGAAGCCUUACUGUGCCAAUUGCUUCGGCGAACUUUUCGCCAAGAGAUGCACCGCCUGCACAAAACCGAUUACUGGUAUCGGUGGUACUCGCUUCAUCUCAUUUGAGGACAGGCACUGGCAUAACGACUGCUUCAUUUGCGCGGGCUGCAAGACAUCGCUGGUUGGCCGCGGCUUCAUCACCGACGCUGAAGACAUCAUCUGUCCCGAGUGCGCCAAGCAGAAGCUAUCAUAAAUAUCGCCUUCUUUUAAACGAAUCUAGCCUAUCCUCCCGCUCCGUCGCCACUGAACCAACAUGAUGAUUAUGAUAAAAAAGCGACAUUCAACAUCUGGAAGAUGACGAUGAUGAUAAUUUGGAUGAUGAUCCUGAUUAUGAUUAUCAAGAGAAUGAUAAUGAUGAUAAUGAUGAUGAUAAUGAUAUUAUAUUGACAUAAGCAUGCAUGAGUGUGGGCUUUGUUGAUUGUUGCGCAAACCCUUGCUACUAAAGCUAUUGUUUGAAUAUUUAUAAUACACUGGACUUUUUUCACCGUGGACUUUAAAGGUGUGAUGGUUAACGGGCUUUGGAGCCCUCGGUGGACUUGAGUGUGAGUCAAUUAUAGUUUGAGCUUUUAUUGGAAGUUCGAUAAUGAGAACAGUUUCUGCGUGAUCCUAUGUGGUUCGUGCGAGUAUGACUUUGUACAAACUCGUAUGGAAAAUUGCUUUGAGGUUUAGGAUUGCACUUACAAAUUAUUUACAUUUCAAUGACGCAAUACGCUAUAAUGUUCCAGCGGUAAUAUUGUAACGUAAUAUCAUGUAACUGGCUCUUUGAAUCGAUAAAAGAACUAAUCUACCAUUUGUUCUUGAGGUGCGAUGAAAGCUUUAACUAUUAAACAUUUUAUUCGGUGUCGACUAGAACAAUAACAAACCUUGAUGCUGCGUAGUCGUGUAGUAAUUUAGAAAACUUGUUAACCUCGUUUUUCGUCAGUGAUUGAAGAUAAAUAAAAAAAUUUGUGUCCUGUGGGUAAGUCAAGAUGUGCGUGUGUAUCACAUACAUUUAAUGAAGUAGAGAAUUAUGAAUCGGCGAAAUGAAAGAGACAACAUAAAUUAUGAUAGUGAGGCUUUUUCGAGGAUGACAAGGUGACAGAAAUGUCUCGAUAUUUCGAAGGAUUUCAGAUAAAAGAACACAAAAUUAAGAUAAACAAGAUAAAUCAAAUUAAGUGUUAUAAGAUGCAUGCAAGCAAUGCUCAAAUAUACUUAAUGAUUUUAAAUCUUUAAACGAAUGACAAGUCAAUGUCUUAUAAAAGGGUAAAGUUGAUGACAAAGUUAAGAACUGGCUAAGUCACGAUUUUGCUUAUUAUUAAUGUUAUUGUUUUUUUUUCGCUUUAUAUAUAUAUAAAUAAAGGUAAAAGAGAUAGUCGGGCUGCUUAUCUCGCCAGUAAUGGGUUUGAAAAAUUAUUGAAUGAACUUAGAAAAAAGUAAAAAAAUUACAACAAAAAAAAAAAAAACGUGCAGAACUACAUUAUGAGCCCAUUCGAUUGAAUUUUGCGUAUAUAGAGUCAUUUUAUUUUUAUCAAGGGUAAAAAUUGCGAUUAAUUAAAUACGCGAAUAAGUACACACACAUUACACAACUAUACUUACAAUUUGUGCAAUAUCUAAAUACUUUUCUUAACUUCAGAUACGUGGUACAUUAUGUGUUAAACAUAAUUUUUUUUUUCUAAAGUAAUAAUAAAAUUAAUUUUUUCAUUGUUUUGUAAGUCUAGUAAUGCACCCGCGUGUGGUAGAACGAUUUCUUUUUUUCUUCUAUCUAUACAUUUUAAAAAAAUGUGUAAAAUAUGAAAUUUUUAGGUUGCAGCAGAAAAAAAGGAGAUUUAUGGUAUGAAAAUUGGUUGCACGUGAGAGAUGCACGAAUAAAAAAGAAAAUUUUAAAAUAACUGGGGCCUUAUUAUUCGCAUCAAUAAAGUACCACUAGCAGAACUAAUGCCUUGUAUAUUAAACGUAAAAGAUUCUCGAUUAUACAUUACACUUAUAACAAAAAGAAGUAAUUUAAAAGAAAAAAAAAAGUUUAAAAAAAAAUAUCUAUAUUUUGAUGUGACUGAACGUUUAUCGUUGAAUAAAGAAAAUAUUUAUGAAUAAGUCAAAUGUGGCUUCGAUAAAAACAUUGUACCCGCUCUAUAUUCUUACUAAUUCUAUUUAUUAUGAAUUGAAAAAAAAAACAUCUAUUCUGUACUCAGCGCAUCAUAGCUGUUACAAUGUAAAAUUGACAUAUGAAUAAAUGUAAUUAUUUAAGA